GGCGGUGCUGUAGGUGAAAAUAGCAAGACUAUUGCCUCGAUUCUUGCUACAAGUCAUGGAUCCUGGAUCUGUACUGCUGACAGUUGUGACAGGGGCUAUUGUAGCUUUCCUUUACUGGCUGUACUCGUUUGCCGUGGCCCCUUUCCGAGUGCUGUCUCGAAUUGGCGUCCGCGGGCCUCCUCCCAUCCCCUUCUACGGCAACCAGAAGAUGGUGGUCAAGGAGGGGAAACUGAACUUCUUCACGAAAAUGUUUGAGACAUACGGAAACGUGUUUGGAUACUACCUGGGGCAGCGAGUCAUAAUAGUGAUCAAGGACAUUGAGCUCAUCAAGGAGGUGACGGUGAAGAAGUGUAAUAAUUUCUCCGACCGGCCGCCUCAGCCGGUGCUUCUGAAGAGGGGGAGCGCUCCGAGAGGACUCCUGAAUGCAGAGGGUGCCUACUGGAAGAAACUCAGGGUCACCCUCUCCCCCUCCUUCUCUGCCAGCAAGAUGAAGAUGAUGGCACCAUUGAUUGAAGAGCACUGCCAGACACUGGAGUCAAUCCUGUCAGAGAAUGCUGACACCGACAAAAGCACCGACGUCACUCUAGCCUUUGGGAACCUCAGCCUCGAAACGAUCAUUGCCGCUGCGUUUGGCCGCUCCAUUGACAUCCAGCGAGGGGAGAGUGACGAACUGCUCACUGCAGCCGAGGGCAUUAUGGCCAGAGUACGUGAAGGCGCAGAGCUGUCUCUAGAGCGUAUCAUCACACUUUUGUCAAACUUUCCAUGGAUGGCGUCCGUCCUUCGUCUCCUGGCCAGUCGCUCCAAGUCUGGUGCCCACUACCAGACACUGGCAAGAGUGUCGCUGGCUCUCAUACGUGCUCGUCGCCAGGCUCCCGAUGCCCAGCAGAGCUACAAGGACCUCCUGCAGUUGAUGCUGGAUGCCACGGCAGACGGCAAGGAGGAACACAGAAAACUGACAGACGAAGAGGUGAUGGCCCAGUGUAUCACCUUCAUCGUUGCUGGCUACGAGACCACAAGCUCUCUCCUCAGUUUCACGGCCUACCUCCUGGCCAAGAACCCGGAGGUCCAGGACAGACUGGUGGGAGAGAUUGAGGCGUACCUCACAGAGCACCCUGACUCCACUCCCUACGAGAAGGCUCUCGGUAUACCUUACCUGGACAUGGUCGUACAAGAGUCCAUGCGGGUUAUGCCACCUGUGAGUUCAACUAACCGCUACUGCGUCGAGAGUACAACGGUGGGGGACUGGAAGGUGCCUGCAGGAACUGUGAUUAUCAUUCCAAUCUGGCACCUCCAUCAUGACCCCCAGUACUGGCCACAACCUCACAAGUUUGACCCUGACAGGUUCACAGAUGAAGAGAAGGACAAGCGACCAGCUCUGGCUCACAUGCCAUUUGGCAUGGGUCCUCGCAACUGUAUUGGGAUGAGGUUUGCCCUGUUGGAGGCCAAGCUGGCCCUCAUUACCAUCCUCUGCAAGUACAAGUUUGUCCCUGCUCCAGAGACUGAGGACCCACUGCAGCUAAUUCAUGGAGUGACCUCAAGUCCAAAGAACCCUCUAUUUCUACGAGUCGUCUCUCACUGA